GUCACAGUUAGACAGCCGCUGACAAGCGGACACACGCACCGUGUACGCACGAGCUGGAAAAAAAAAGCGCACAAUUGGCAAGAAAUGCUGCGAGGUGUAAAACAGCCGGCAACAUACAAUUGCAGGGCGCGCUGUAUGUUGCCUGCCCGGUUCUAGAAGGAUUGUUUCUAUUUUUUUUUUAUCUCCCCAUCCGCCACUCCUGCUAGUCGACGCUGAGCCACACGGCAUCCCGGAGCGUCUCACGCCAGGAGCCGGCUUCUUUACGAUGCCAAGGUCGUGCAGGACCAGGUGAAGUGUCGGAAGCAUGGGAGCCACCGAGCAUCUGUUUCGGCAGCACUCGGAGUGAAUCACGAUCCAGUGUUUUUUUUUUGCUAUUAUUUAAAAUAUUUAAGCUGGACUUUUUUAAUUCAGGUUUUGCUUUUAAUGCAUUAAUGUGAACAUAUCUAAUCGUUAAGGACGCUUGCUCGAUACCUUCACUGUGUGCAGAUGAAAACGUGACUUGUUCGUUUAUGAAAAAGCUAUAUGUUUAAUGAUUUAAAAUGAAAUCGACAUGAGAAUGUUCCGCGGUAUCAGACCAAAUUACCAUCCCUAAGAGCUUCAACAUUUAGAUUAUCUGCCAAGAAAAAAAGAAAGCAGAUGCAGGAGAGCAAAGUCUCAUCAAGUGUGAAAGAAAAUGGUGCAGAAAUAUCAGUCUCCUGUUCGAGUCUAUAAGUACCCUUUUGAAAUGGUGAUGGCGGCCUAUGAAAAGAGAUUUCCAACUUGUCCGCUAAUACCUGUUUUUCUGGGAAGUGAAAUUCUGAGUGAAUUUAAAAGUGAGGAUGGAUCCCUGCAUAUUCUAGAACGCAGCUGUAAAUUAAAUGUGGAUGCUCCAAGGCUGCUUAAAAAGAUUGCCGGUGUGGAGUAUGUAUUCUUCAUACAGAAAAACACUUUGAACUGGAAAGACCGAACACUGUUAAUUGAAGCACAUAAUGAAACCUUUGGCAGCAGAAUCACUGUCAAUGAAACCUGCUGUUACAGUGUGCACCCUGAAAAUGAAGACUGGACAUGUUUUGAACAGUCGGCAUCAUUGGACAUUAAGUCUUUUUUUGGUUUUGAAAAUACUGUGGAAAAGAUUGCAAUGAAGCAGUACACCGCCAACAUUAAGCGGGGUAAAGAAGUAAUUGAAUAUUAUCUGAACGAGUUGAUUGCAGAGGGCAUUACACAUAUUCCUCGAUGGAGCCCCCCAGAGAAGAAAGUUGUGGAAAAACCAAUAGUUCAUCCUGUCCUGUCCUUUCUGACUUCAGCACCAGAGUCUCAUAUGGAGUUAGAAGACGUUGUGCAUAGUGGUGCCAAAGAAACAAACAGUAACCUCUGUAGUUCUUCUGAGCCUACAACGCCAGAUGAUAAGCUGGAUGCUGAUUACAUUGAACGAUAUCUGGGUCAGCUAACACCAAUGCAAGAAAGCUGUUUAAUUCAGCUGAGACAGUGGUUACAAGAAACGCAUAAAGGAAAGAUUCCCAAAGAUGAGCACAUUCUAAGGUUUCUAAAGGCUCGUGAUUUUAAUAUUGAUAAAGCAAGAGAGAUGUUAUGUCAGUCGUUAACCUGGCGUAAGCAGUAUCAAGUAGACUACAUCCUUGAAACGUGGAGACCACCUGCAUUCCUAGAAGAAUAUUAUGCAGGAGGGUGGCACUUUCAAGACAGAGACAGACGCCCGCUAUACAUUUUGCGUCUUGGUCAGAUGGACACCAAAGGUUUAGUGAAAGCUUUGGGUGAAGAAGCACUUCUGAGACAUGUUUUAUCAAUUAACGAAGAAGGGCAGAAACGAUGUGAAGAAAACACAAAAAUCUUUGGACGGCCAAUUACGUCAUGGACAUGUCUCGUGGACUUGGAGGGACUGAACAUGAGGCAUCUUUGGAGACCUGGUGUUAAGGCUUUGCUUCGAAUAAUAGAGGUGGUGGAAGCCAAUUACCCAGAGACUUUGGGAAGACUACUGAUUGUGAGGGCACCCAGAGUGUUCCCUGUGCUUUGGACUCUUGUUAGUCCAUUUAUCAAUGAAAAUACAAGACAGAAGUUUCUCAUCUAUAGUGGAAACAAUUACCAAGGAGCUGGAGGGCUCAUAGACUACAUUGAUAAAGAAAUUAUUCCAGACUUUCUGGGAGGAGAUUGUAUGUGUUAUGUUCCAGAAGGAGGCCUGGUUCCUAAAUCUCUUUAUCAAACAGAAGAGGAACUGGAGAACUCUGAUAACAUCAAACUGUGGACAGAGACCAUCUACCAGUCUGCAAAUAUAUUUAAAGGCGCACCACAUGAAAUUGUUAUCGAAAUACUGGAGGGCUCCUCUGUGAUCACCUGGGACUUUGACAUUCUCAAGGGAGACGUCGUGUUCAAUAUAUUCCACUCAAAGAGAUCUCCUCAGGCAGCGAGAAAGGAACCCUCAGCACCCUUGGUGGGUGGAAAUAAUGUGCAGUUGAUAGAAAGGAGUUGGGUACUGGGAGUGGACUACAGCAUGGUGGAGUCUCCAUUAACUUGUCGCGAAGGAGAGAGCAUUCAGGGCUCACAUAUAACUCGCUGGCCAGGGUUCUACAUUCUCCAGUGGAAAAUGAACUCCCCUCCGUCCUGUUCUGCUACAACACUACCCAGGGUGGAUGAUGUGCUGGCCACGCUGCAGGUGUCCUCGCACAAGUGCAAAGUGAUGUACUACACUGAAGUGCUGGCGUCUGAAGACUUCAGGGGGUCAAUGACAAGCCUUGAAUCCUGUCACAGUGGAUUUUCUCAGUUAAGUGCUGGAACAACAUCAUCUAGCCAGUCCCAGAGCAGCUCACUGAUUUCUAGAUAGCUAUAAAA